AUGCCUAAGAGACGUCCCCAGCCAUCGACCCCACCAGAUCUUCCAACCCCACCAACUGGCGCGGAAAAGAGAGAAUACUACACCGCUGGUGCCGCAGUCUGGUACUGUCGUGAGGGUAAGACUGAAUGGCGCGAAGGCACAAUUGAUUCAAGUACAUCAAGCACCAUAUUGCAAACGGUGAAAGAUGAUGAGACCAAUGAUCUGUGGGAUGUCCCAGUUGAGCGCAUUCGCUUGAGAUUUUGA